AUGAAUAAACAAAUUAACCUGUAGGUCUAGUCUAAUCUAGUCUGGUAUGGUCUUGUUUAUUUGAUAUGGUGGGGGUGGGGAGAAACAAAUAUCAAAAAAAAUAAAGAAAGUGGAAGUUAGUUAGUUAGUUAUUUAUUUAGGUGUUUUGUUUUUUAGCUGAUAUAUUUUUUUAGUUUGUUAUCGAGUAAUGAGGAGUACAAUCUAACUAGCAAACUAACUUAGUAAAUAAAGAAAUUAAUUAAUUAGUAUUCAGUAAAUAAGGAUGAGGGAGAUGCGAGGGAGGUUGGGGUUGAGAAAUUGGUAGUUGGAUGGAUGAAUGAUGGAUGA